UGGUUCCUUCGUUUCUUGACAGUGUGAACCCUUCAACUUGAAUUUGUGGUAUCUAUUAAAUAUGCCGUCUGUAGAUGGUGAAGAAAAUGGCGAGGAGGAGGUGGAAAGGAGCCCUAAUGAAGACGAGAACAUGAGUGAAGACGAAGAGGAAGAGAGCAGCCUGAGUUCCGACGAAUCGUCUUCCGAGUCCAGCAUCGACGAAACAGAAAACGAGAGAAGAAGAAAUGAAUGUCUUAAUGACAUGGCAGACCUGGAAAGACAAUUUAGCGACCUGAAAGAACAGUUGUAUCGAGAGCGCAUCAGCCAAGUUGAGAAGAAGUUGGAUGAAGUACAAUCUGAAUGUGCCAUGGAGUACACAGGCCCUGUUGGUGAAUUAAAGGAGAUGUGUGAGAUAAGAAUUGAAGUUGCAGGAAUUUUACGAAACUGUAGGUUAGGGAACGUAAGAAACAAAUAUGAUGCUGAUGAACAGGCUGCCAAACAACAUUAUGAGAGUGAAAAGUUGGCCUUGAUGGAAAGCAUGAAGCAAGAGUUGGAAGAAAAAAUUAGAAAAUUAGAAGAAGAUAAACAAAAUAUGGAUAUAUCAGCUGAUAUCUGGCUUGAAUCCCAGUCACUUAAAAAGAGGCACAGGAAGUCAUCUGAUGGAUCCAUGCUCUCUGACAAAAGACGGAAGCCUGUCACUGUUACAGGUCCCUAUAUUGUGUAUAUGUUAAGAGAAAUGGAUAUUCUUGAAGACUGGGCAGCCAUCAGGAAGGCAAAAGGGGCAUUGGCAAGGAGAAGACAAGAAAGUGGUUGUCAAUCUGAGAAAAGUCCAUUCAGUGCACGAUAUGAAGAUGGAAAGCUUUACUAUGAAGGAGAAUGGUUCCACAAAGGUGAUCAUGUACUGAUAGAGAGCAGAAAUGAUACACAUUCCAGUGCUGUAGUUACAGGAAUCAACACUGGAGAGGUGUGGGUGAGAAAAGGAGAUGGAUCAAAAACAAAGUUGUACAUAGGACAAUUACAGAAAGGAAAAUACAGGAUAAAAAAGUCAUGAAAAAUAAUUGAUUAAGUGCUACAUUUUGAUUUACGUUGUAUAGAAUCUGUUAGAUUUCAGUCUAUUUUGAGACAGAUUGUAUCAGGACUCCAUGAUACUUGUUAUAUGUGUAAUAUAGUUGGUGCAUAUCAUAUGACACUUUGACAUCAUGACAUGUUGCUGUGACAACAGUGAUGUCUUGAGGAUGGCAAUUUUCAAAUCCAUCAAACUGUCAUGAGAAAUUCAGCAUGUUAACUUGCUCAUGCACAACUGGAAGCAAUGAAAGUUGACCAAUGUAUCCUGACCCAUGGGACAAGAAAGCACAAAACCUAAGGCCCAAAAAGGGCCACAGAGAGUGAGAAGAGAAAACUGAUGUAUAAGAAUUAAGAUAAACAGGAUGAAAGAUAUCAAGGUCAGGAAAGGUUGGCCAGAGAGGGAAGUCUUUUAGUAAUGAGCAAUAAGUGAAUCACAUGGAAAACUGUUAGCCACACAAUGUAAAUAAGCUCCCAUACCCAAACAUUCAGACUCUCAGAUGUGUGUGAGAAACAAGAUUUCUGUGUUGGUUGUCCCUUGGCCAGAGAAACACAUUAAAAUUUGUUUUCCAGAUUUACUAUUAUCAUUAUGCAGUAGUUCUUUUUCUAAUGGAAUGUUAAAGUUUAGUCUGGCUGAUAACAGAAAGAAAACUGGCUCUUGUGCAGAGUAUGUUUGUGUUAACUCUCUGACUCCCUGAAGUGAUUAACAUGAAACUUCUCUCUUUCAUAUUUAUGCAUUAUCCAGCAAGCAGUAAGGAGAAUACUCAAACUUAUUAACUAGUUGUUAUAGUGAUCUAAGACCAAAUUCUCAUAACAACAGUAGUGUAUAAGGAAAUGUGUAGCAUUAGAGGAGAGAAUUAACAAUGAUAUCUGAGGAUUUGAACGGUUUAGAGUAGAAAGAACUCAACUUUUUUUGUUUUUACCACUGCACUGUAAAUUCAAGUUCUCCUUUAAAAUUUUAGCCUUUUGAAAUCCUUUCAAAAUUACUAUUGUCUCUCUAAAAACUUUUUGAUGUAUUUAGUAUUACACCUGGCAUUUUGACAUCCUUUCAUGUAGUGUUGCAUAGU